GAUAAGGACAUCAGUGAAGCCUUGAAAGCAGCGGCGGCUAAAGAUGCUCCUCCGACUUACGUCCCUGACAAACGCUUCCUGGGGUCCAUUGCAAAGUUGGCUGGAGACCUUUUGGGAAAAGCAAAGGCGGUCCUACCCGGGCAACUAAAACAAACAAUUGAUACACUGGGUAAGGCAAAGAACAUGGGCCCAGACAUCAUGUCCGACUCUGUCAAACACGAGCAAGAGGUGACCGGAGAGGUUGAAAAAGAGGUGGCAGAAAAAACAAUCGAAAACUUAUUUGGAGGACCAGCUAAUGUAGGUGGUCAGAACGGGAAUCCAAAGAGGGGAGCUCCUCCUCCCGCUAAGGGUGCUGGUCCCGGAGAAAUGAAGGCUGAAAUUGAUUUCAUCGAACAAAAGGGCAUGGUCCAGGAGGACAUGUUUGCUCCGCCAGGAAUGAAAAUGAAGGUGGACGUUGAAAAAUCUCCCAAAAAGCAGAACGAAAGAGACAACCAGUCCCCGCCUCCAGCGUUUUCGUACCCCAUGGGAAUGGGAGGUACUCUGAUGAACGGCUGUUUCGGGACUGGAUACGUACGAGGAGAUCCGUGCUACAAAGCGAAGAGGCCAAUGCCACCAUGUCAGAGCUUAAUGGAGGGAUGUAAUUACAUCGGGGUCGGCUUCGAUGGUCGCGGAGAUUACAGCAGUACAUCCAGAAGGAAAUCAGUCAUUCAGCGGAAAUGUUUAUUGCAGAAGAAGUAUCACAAAGAAGAGGUACCUGACCAAAUGAACGUUCAUGGCAUCUAUGACACAGUGGUCUCCUCACAAGUCUUUGAAUCGAGGUCGUCUUAUCGCCAUUCUCUUCAGAUGAAAGCCGGGGUCUCCUUUUCUGGAUUUGGCUUCCAGGCUGCAGUGAGCGCAGCAUAUGGUUCGUCUGAAAAAUCCGAGAAACAGAUGUUCAUGUCACUGAUGGAGGCUGAAGUUAUCAGGUAUGAAAUCUUCCUUGACGAGAUUACUCCCAGUGAUCUUAGCCUCUCUUUUCUGCGUGAUUUCUUGGCCCUUCCGAAGAAUUUCAUCUUAGGAAAAGCAAAACUACAGGAUUUCAUCAUCCGCUACGGUACCCACUUUAUCAAGUCAGCAAAGUUUGGCGGUGCAUUCCGGCUGUUCAAGACUCAAGAGGCCUCCAAGAGCGAGAGUCUGACUGACUAUUCUGUCUCAGCCCAGAUGAGUUACGCAAAAACGUUCAGUAUGGGAGCUAACUUCGGGAUGAAAGGAUCGGAGGGGAGCUCGUAA